AUGGUCGUGGACGGAUCGAGAAUGUUUGCUGGUAAUCCGGGUCUCCCCUACACAUCUUCGUACGGGUCGGGCCAGUUCGAGGCCUCUCUUUUUGAACAAGCAGUGCAGUAUGCUGCCGCAACGGCUGCAACCCAAAAUUCUCUACGUACCACGCUACCUUCGAUAUAUAGUCCUUCACCAAGUGGUAACAACAAUACGAGGACACAUGGUGGGAUCUUUGUUAACAAAACGGCAGUGGCUUCUCAUUUAGAUGAAAGCUAUCUGUUAGAUGAUGAUGAGGAUAGCAGCAUUCUCAGCAAUCUACCAAACUCGUGUCACGAUUUUGAGCUCAAAGAACUGCACAUACGUCUUGAGCGCAAUCACUCGAGUCCUUUGAUUGGAGGUCAUAGCUCUCCUGCAGUCUCAAGUCUGUUAUCGAGCAACUGUCCCUCUACAGAACCGCCUGCUGAACUUGCAGAGCCGGAAGAUCUUGAGGUACAAUUGAUCAAUGAAUGUUUCGAGGAGCAACAGAGGCAGAACCAGAUGUACCAGAGCGGCGAUUUGAAAACACUGUUCUAUCACGGAACUUCUGAACUCGAAUCAUCAAAGGCUUUUCUUUCCUCUACUUGUAUACUUCAUGCUCACAUCUUCAUUCUCGAAAUCUUCGCAAUGAUGUUUGCUAUUGACAAUUUGCAGGGUGCGAACCAAUCUGAUACAGAGAAAAGUGUACAGUCAUCAUUGGAGCGUCCAGUAAGGCUUCCGUACGCAGAGAAGCUCAGUUCUCACGAUCCACUA